CAUCUUCUUAGGGCUCCUUGGCCCUACAGCACUAGCCACGUGACAACAACUUUAGUCCUCCCCUUUUUUGGCCAAGCUUCAUCAGCUCUCCAGUCUCCACUUUAAUCAUACUUGUCUAUCCAUUUCAUCUAUAAACCUCUCUCUUCUCUUCAUCUUUGCUUCGUUCAGGUUAUUUCAAAUGGCUUUACCAACUCUAAUCUGUGACACUGAACCAUGGAAGGAGUUGAAGAAUCAUGUUGAGGAAAUCAAAAAGACUCAUCUACGCGGUUUGAUGAUCGACACAGAGCGGUGCAAGUCAAUGAUGGUGGAGUUUGAUGGGAUGUUGUUGGAUUACUCACGACAAAAUGCCACUGUUGAGACCUUGAAUAAACUUUAUCAAUUGGCAGAGGCUGCUCGUCUCAAAGAGAAGAUUAACCGCAUGUACAGUGGAGAGCAUAUAAACAGCACAGAGAAUAGAUCAGUUCUUCAUGUAGCUUUACGAGCUGCAAGAGAUGCUGUCAUAAACAGUGAUGGAAAGAAUGUUGUUCCAGAGGUUUGGAAGGUUCUGGACAAGAUCCAAGAGUUCUCUGAGAAAGUCCGCAGUGGUUCCUGGGUUGGAGCCACUGGAAAAUCACUGAAGGAUGUUAUAGCCGUUGGUAUUGGUGGCAGUUUCUUAGGUCCUCUCUUUGUGCACACAGCUCUCCAGACAGAUCCUGAGGCUGUCCAAACUUCUAGAGGACGCCAAUUACGAUUUCUUGCAAAUGUUGAUCCUGUUGAUGUUGCUAAAAGUAUAGCGGGACUAAACCCUGAAACUACCCUUGUUGUAGUGGUUUCAAAGACUUUUACAACAGCUGAAACCAUGUUGAAUGCUCGAACCCUGAGGGAAUGGAUUUCAGUUGCUCUUGGGCCUUCUGCCGUUGCAAAGCACAUGGUAGCAGUCAGCACUAAUCUUAUGCUUGUAGAAAAGUUUGGCAUUGAUCCUAAUAAUGCAUUUGCAUUCUGGGAUUGGGUUGGUGGACGGUAUAGUGUUUGCAGUGCUGUUGGGAUGUUGCCUCUAUCUCUUCAAUACGGUUUCUCAGUUGUGGAGAAGUUCUUGAAGGGAGCUUCAAGCAUUGAUCAACAUUUCUAUUCAGCGCCUUUUGAUAAAAAUAUACCUGUACUGCUGGGUUUAUUGAGCAUAUGGAAUGUUUCAUUUCUCGGAUAUCCUGCCAGGGCUAUCUUGCCUUACACCCAAGCCCUGGAAAAGUUGGCUCCACACAUUCAACAGGUUAGCAUGGAGAGUAACGGCAAGGGGGUUUCAAUUGAUGGUGUGCUUCUUCCCUUUGAAGCUGGUGAAAUUGAUUUUGGUGAACCUGGAACAAACGGUCAGCACAGCUUUUAUCAACUAAUUCACCAGGGGCGUGUAAUUCCUUGUGAUUUUAUUGGUGUUGUAAAGAGCCAGCAACCUGUUUACCUGAAAGGGGAAGUGGUUAGUAACCAUGAUGAACUCAUGUCUAACUUUUUUGCACAGCCAGAUGCUCUAGCUUAUGGGAAGACACCAGAACAGUUGCAAAAAGAGAAUGUUCCACCACAUCUAAUUCCUCACAAGACUUUCUCUGGCAAUCGGCCUUCUCUCAGCCUUCUGCUUCCAACAUUAAGUGCUUACAAUAUUGGACAGUUGUUGGCGAUCUAUGAACACAGAAUUGCUGUGGAAGGUUUCAUAUGGGGCAUUAAUUCUUUUGAUCAGUGGGGAGUUGAGCUAGGGAAGUCGCUGGCUACUCAAGUCAGAAAGCAACUUCAUGCCUCUCGUACUGAAGGCGAACCAGUUGAGGGCUUUAAUUUCAGUACCAAAACACUGCUAACAAGAUACCUAGAGGCAAGUAAGGAUAUCCCAGCAGAUCCGCCUACUCUUCUGCCGCGGAUAUAAGUGGCUUUUGCUAAAAAUAGCUCGGAGAUGUUGUAAGAACUGAUGGUUCUGGAUUCAUAUCUCAUAGACAUAACAAAGUUUUUACUGAUACUUAACGUAUGCAAUUGCCCCAAUGCUAAAAGAUCAUAAACAAUCAUAAUUUUCAAAUAAGAGAUGCAAUGCAUCUACUUUAGUAAAGUUAUGUCAGUGUUUGAUUUCUAUAUGAAGAGCUAAAUGCAACGUUCUUUGUGGUGUUCUUUA